CAAGCACCCUCAUAGUCUGUUGCCGGUCACCUGGACACCCGCGCCCCGGUGGACCUCGUGUGCAGGACGCUCGGGGCUUUUACGCGAUAUGGUUUUCAGCGCUGCGAGACGGGCUGGGUUUUCCUCACCCAAAUGCUCUCCCUGCUCCCCCUCCUCGCCGCACUCCCCCUCCUUGGCCUCACGGCUGCCACACCCACCGGCACCGAGCUCGCGCGGCGCGCCGCGUGCACGCCCGCGGCUGCGAACAACGCGGGGACCGACGACGUGCCUGCGAUCCAGGCCGCGUUCAAAUCGUGUGGCAACGGCGGGACGAUCGUGAUCCCCGCGGGGCGCCAGUACAACAUCCUCAGCACGCUCUCGCUCGCCGGCUGUGUGAACUGCGACUGGCAGAUUGAAGGCACGCUCAAGAUGUCGGGCGACUUGACGGCGUGGAAGGGCGUGCUCGCGACGAUCCUCAUCAGCGGCAUCAAGGGCGGGCAGAUGCGCUCUCUGACGGGCAGCGGCGUCAUCGACGGCAACGGGGUCCCCUUCUGGACCGAGUUCGCCGCGGACUCGUCGUACCGGCGGCCGACCCUCGUCUACAUGACAUCGUCAACGACGUCGUUCACGAUAUCGAACCUCCGGUUCAAGAACCCGGCGAACGUCUUCCACUCGGUCGGCGGCGGCUCGAGCAACAUCAUCUACGAGAACCUGCGGAUGGACGCGACGUCGACCGCGACCGCGAUCGCCAAGAACACGGACGGCUUCGACAUCGGCACGAGCAAGUUCGUCACCGUGCGGAACGUCACUGUAACGAACCAGGACGACUGCGUCGCGCUCAAAGCGGGCGCGGACCACACCACCGUCACCGGUAUCACCUGCACGGGCUCGCACGGGCUCUCCGUCGGCAGUCUCGGCGGCGGCCAAGGGUCCAGCGAUGUCGUCUCCAACGCGAUCCUGGGCCCCGCGACGAUGAUCAACUCUGCGAAGGCGGUGGGCAUCAAGCUGUACCAGGGCGGAUCGACGACCGGCACGGCGACGAUCUCGAAUGUGACCUGGACCGACAUUACGGUCCAGAACUGCGACUACGCCGUGCAGAUCCAGAGCUGCUACGGCGCGGCCAACACGGCGAACUGCGUCGCCAACACCGACUCGCUGACGGGCGUGACGUUCAACAACAUCCACGGCACGACAUCCUCGCACUACGCGCCGGUUGUCGCGAACAUGAACUGCUCACCGGGCGCGGUGUGCGACGUUGUGCUCAAGAGCUUCAACGUCAAGCCGCCCAGCGGGACCGCCAAGGUCCUGUGCUCGAACAUCGAUGGAAGCCUCGGCUCCCAGCCAGGCUCGGUCCGGACGACGUGCACACCCGCCGCGGCGAACGACGUGGGGGUCGACGACGUGCCUGCCAUCUCCGCGGCGUUCAAGGCGUGUGGGAACGGGGGGAUUGUGCUCAUCCCCCCGGGCUCGCAGUACAACCUGCGCAGCCCGCUCUCGCUCGCUGGAUGCGUGGGGUGCGACUGGCAGAUUGAGGGCACGCUGAAGAUGUCGGGCGACGUGGCGUUCUGGGAGGGCGUUUCGUCAGUCAUCGUCAUCAGCGGGAUCAAGGGCGGCAGGAUGCACUCGCUGACCGGCAGCGGCGUCGUCGACGGCAACGGGGUGCCGUUCUGGAUCGAAUUCGCGGCCAACUCGACGUACAAACGCUCGACGCUGGUGUCCAUCGAGGGCUCCUCGGGCUUCACGGUGUCGAACCUGCGCUUCAAGGACCCUGCGAAUGUGUUCCACGUGGUCAAGAGCGGCUCGAGCAAUAUCCUGUACCAGGGCCUGCGCAUGGACGCGACCUCCACGGCGAACGCUACGGCGAAGAACACGGAUGGAUUCGAUGUCGGGUCGAGUAAAUUUGUCACGAUCAAGGAUACGAUAGUGGUGAAUCAGGACGAUUGCGUGGCUUUGAAACCUGGUGCAAGCUUCACGACUGUGACCAACAUCACCUGCUCCGGCUCGCAUGGUCUCUCAGUGGGCAGUCUGGGCCGCGGGCAAGGCAUCACCGACACCGUCCAAAACGCCAUCCUCGGCCCGGCGCGGAUGAUCAACUCCAACAAAGCCAUCGGCAUCAAGCUCUACGAGGGCGGCUCCGCGCACGGUCGCGCGAAGGUCUCGAACGUCACGUGGACGGACAUCAGCGUCGAGAACUGCGACUACGCCGUGCAGAUCCAGAGCUGCUACAACGCGGCGGACCCCGCCGCGGGCUGCAUCGCCAACACGGACACGCUCACGGGGAUCGUGAUCCGCAACGUCACGGGGACGACGUGCGUGCUAGGCCCUGGGCUGUCUCCCCGGUACCCGGGCCGUGCGUUCUUUGCUGACGGGGAUGUGAAUAGCUCGAAACGGUUUGCGCCGGUGGUGGCCAACCUGAACUGCGCGCCCGGCACGACGUGCGAUGUUGGGAUCACGGGCUUCGACGUCACGCCAGCCACGGGAACCGCGACGGUCCUCUGUUCGAACAUCGACGGAGCGCUCGGUAUCGCCUGUGACGGCCCGGCGUCCGGGUAGCAGCAAGUAUAGCAAUCCAUGCAAAGUAAGUAGUAAGUAGGUCUGAGGCAGAAGAUCAGAUGGCGAGCGCGAGCGCGAGUGCAUUCAUUGGAGACACCACCGACGUUUUCGGCCCCCUGCUGAGACGGCC